CGGCACGCAGCGAUCGAUCAUAACCUAAAAUCGUGAAUAAACAACUUCAAAAGCUUCUCCUCAUCGUAGAUAACAUUUAUUGAAGAAAGGAAAUGACUGCCUUCGAGGACUUUUUGAAGUUCCACCAGCCGCAGUUCGUCUCCUCCCAGAUCCCCGAGCAUUUCUGGCCGAAGAUAUGGGAGAAACUGAAGAACCAAGUCUUCGACGCAGGUCUGUACUUCAGCAUCGCUCAAAUAGACUACGAGGGCUGCCCUAGGGGGCCAAAAGACCCGGUAUACAAGCUGUUCCUCUCUGCGGAGGGCCCAAUGUCCUGCGGCGACCCCAACAACGUCUUCCUAAUCGACCACGCCUGGACGUACGACGUGAGCACCGCGCGCAUUCACCUGACCAAAGUUGCAGGUCUGCUGGACCGAAUGUGCAACAUAAUGGGAAACCUCUCUCCCUCCGACUCCAAAGAUCAAAAGCUGGAGUUCGUCCUCCAAGAGAUGUGGAGGUACAAUCAAUUCUUAACGAUAAACUCCGACAACAUAGAGGAGAAAUUACCCCUCUGGUACGUAAUGGACGAAGUAGGCUCAGCAAUUAAUCAUAACGACUCUCCAAACUUCCGAGUUGUCCCCAUCAUACACUUAACGGAAGGAAUAACUUAUUCACUCUUAUUUCCCAUCAGAGAUGUGGAAGUGAGGGAGGAAGUCACGAGAGACUUCAUCGAAAAUCAAACGAACGAUCAGGAAUUGCGAAGAGCCCUCCUCAUACCGUGGGUUGAUGCAGACUUCAGCGGUGAAAAUUUCCUCCAAACAGAACCAGGAGAUGAUUAUUUCAUGAGUGGCAGACGGGAAGAAACUUUGCCAGUCCCCCCCGCCCCGGAAAAGGCCAUUCUUAAUAAUUACCCAAAAGGAAAGAAACUCAAAGUUUUCACCGAGUACAAGUAUGUAAGAGAUUACCUCACAGACUGCUCAUUCGAGUUAACCGAUAACGAAGAGGAAGCUGAUGUACUGUGGUACAUGACGUACUUCAAAGAUUACGAGGGUCUGAGUAUAAAAUUCCCUCGAGUGUUCGUGAAUCAAUUUCCCUUUGAGAAUGUUUUAACUGUGAAGGAUUUGUUAUCAAUAAUCUGCAGACGUAGGGCCGAUGGUAAGAAAUAUGAGGUCGAAACUUUGAGAACGUAUCCAAGGUGGUUGCCAACUACGUACAAUCUCAGUGCUGAACUUGUUAAGUUUGUAUCGUACUUUCAAAAUCGGGAGAUUAAGGAACUCGAUAAUCACUGGAUAUGCAAGCCCUGGAACUUGGCGCGGGGGAUAGACAUUCAUCCGACUAAUAAUUUGAAUCAUAUACUUCGGUUGCCGUGUACUGGUCCGAAAGUUGUGCAGAAGUAUGUAUCGUCACCGGUGCUUUAUGAUAGACCAGACGUUGGUAAAGUUAAGUUUGACGUUAGGUAUGUGGUACUGCUGAGUUCGGUGAAGCCACUCAAAGCUUAUGCUUACUCAAACUUCUUUCUGCGUUUUGCUAAUCGUCCGUUUGCUCUUGAUAAUUUUGACAUUUAUGAGCAACACUUCACGGUUAUGAAUUACUCGGAGGACGCGUCACUUCAUCAUGUCAAGUGCGAGGAUUUUGUUAAUGAGUGGAUUAAGGUGUAUCCUGAUUUCGAUUGGAGGGAGAAUGUUGAGCCGAAGAUAUUUAAGAUGCUGUGGGAAGUGUUUGAGGGGGCUUCUGCUGAGGAACCACCGCGGGGAAUUGGCCACAAUCCUCAGAGUAGAGCUGUUUAUGCUGUCGAUCUUAUGCUGGAGUGGGACGAUAACGAUAUGCAACCUGUUUUACUGGAGUUUAAUUUCUCGCCGGAUAACAAACGAGCUUGUGAAUAUUACCCUGAAUUCUACAAUGACAUCUUCAAGUGCCUGUUCUUGGGAGAUGAUAAUCCCAAUGUCUUUCGUGAUUUAUCGCGUCAGUGAUGAAAAUAUGCGAUCGUGAAAGUUUCAUUUGGUAAGGUAUGAAAAACAAAUUGCAUUAAGGAUGAAUGGUCAAUUGCGGAGUAAAAACGUUCAUUUUGAAAUUGAAUAUUAAAUAGUUUAUUAUUACGAAAGUGAUAGUAAUUCUGUUAGGAGCUAAUGACACGAUAAAACGGGAAACAACUGAAAUGGAAAAAUUGAUGGUUCAUCACUCCUUGAGAGUUAUCGAGGGGAGGGGUUUAAAUACAGAUGUUAAACACUAUUUACCCUGUUCUGUGAGCACUGACAUUACCUUUUUCACGUACAAAUGAUUUCACAUCGUGUCUUUUAUUUCAAUUGUCUGCUCAUAGCAUUCAUAUUCACAAUUUUUGGCUCUAUUGCUCAUUGAGUUAUCCACAAAAUUAAAUAUUCGUAGAAUGGAUUUUUCACGUUUUCUAUUUCAUGAUUGUUUCACUCUAUAAUUUAUUCCUAUUAAGGUACUCUAGUGAUUACUCGUCUAAUUUUAUGAUUUGAUUCUGAGUAAAAAUUAAUGGGACAAUCCAAGGUAUUGAGAACAAUAGUCAUAACAAAAACAAUCAGCCUCUUCUCUCACUCGUUAUUUCCUUCAAUGAUACUAAAUAUAUUACUCUCUACUCGGAUACAUUUGA